AUCAAAAUUUCAGUCAUGUUUCCAGUAACAAAGGGUUUAAUCAGAAACUUGAGUCUCCUUCCUCUUCCUCUCGUUGCUGCAGCAAUGGCUCCUUGUGCCGUCGUUAGGGUUUACUCUACUACUACUACUACUACUACUACUACUCCCGCAUCUCCUUCGGAAGUUCCAGUCAAGAAAGUUGGUACUCACAACGGAAGCUUUCACUGCGACGAAGCUCUCGGUUGCUUCAUGAUACGCCUCUCCCAUAAGUUCUCCGGCGCCGACAUCGUCCGUACCCGUGACCCUAAGAUAUUGGGGGAGCUUGAUGCAGUGCUUGACGUUGGAGGUGUUUAUGACCCCGACCAUGACCGCUAUGAUCAUCACCAGAAGGGCUUCGAAGAGGUGUUUGGACAUGGUUUCAACACCAAGCUCAGCAGUGCCGGUCUCGUUUACAAGCAUUUUGGAAAGGAGAUCAUAGCUAAGGAACUUAACGUCGACCAAGAUCACCCUGAUGUCCUUCGCUUGUUUCUAGCUGUCUACAAGAGCUUCAUGGAGGCGAUUGAUGCUGUGGACAAUGGAAUUAAUCGGUAUGAUACUGAUCAGCCUCCAAGAUAUGUGAACAACACGCAUUUGUCUUCGAGGGUUGGAAGAUUAAAUCUUGAUUGGAUUGACCCUGACCAGUCCCAGGAGAAGGAGAAUGAGGCUUUCCAGCUUGCCAUGGCUCUUGCUGGCAAAGAGUUCCUCCAAAGUGUAAGAUUUUACACAAGGUCGUGGUUGCCGGCUAGAUCAAUCGUGAUGCAGUGCCUUGAAGAAAGAUUCAAGACUGACCCUAGUGGCGAGAUCAUGGAACUGAAAAACUUCUGCCCUUGGAAGCUUCAUUUGUUCGAGCUUGAGCAAGAGAUGAAGAUCGAACCACUCAUCAAAUACGUCAUCUACCAGGACGAGCGAGGAAAGCAGUGGAGAGUCCAAGCAGUGGCGGUUGCACCAGACAGGUUUGAGAACCGAAAGGCUCUUCCUGAGCAAUGGAGAGGCCUUAGAGAUGAGGAACUCUCUAAAGCUGCUGAGAUCCCCGGUUGCGUUUUUGUCCACAUGAGCGGCUUUAUUGGCGGAAACCAGUCCUAUGAUGGGGCUUUAUCCAUGGCUCGAACUGCUCUCACUCUCUAAUUCAAAGUCUAAUGAGAUUAACAAUGCUUCAUUAUGAUGUACAAUUUCUGUUUUCAGUUGAGUGACCGUUUCGUUAUUUGUUUGCUUGGAUGGAAUCGUAUCUUCAAUAGAUUUGGUUUCUUUUUA